GGCGGCGGGGGGGGCCGGCUGGAGCACCAUGGGUGUGAUAGGUGUGCAGUUGGUGGUUACCAUGGUAAUGGCUAGUGUCAUACAGAAGAUUAUACCUCACUAUUCUCUUGCUCGUUGGCUUCUCUGUAGUGGCAGUUUGCGGUGGUAUCAGCAUCCUACUGAAGAAGAGCUACGGAUUCUUGCAGGGAAACAAAGAGGAAAAAGCAAAAAAGACAGGAAAUAUAAUGGUCAUAUUGAAAACAAACCCCUAACCAUUCCGAAAGACAUUGAUCUUCAUCUGGAAACCAAAUCAGUGACUGAAAGGGACACUAUUGCGUUGCAUUAUUUUCCGGAAUAUCAGUGGUUGGUGGAUUUCACUGUUGCAGCUACAGUUGUGUAUGUGGUGACGGAAGCCUAUUACAGUAUUGUGAAGCCCUCACAAGAAAUGAAUAUCAGCGUGGUGUGGUGUCUGCUUGUCUUGGCUUUUGCAGUUAAGGUACUGUUUUCGUUGACUACCCAUUAUUUCAAAGUAGAGGAUGGAGGUGAAAGAUCGGUCUGUGUCACCUUUGGUUUUUUCUUCUUCGUGAAAGCAAUGGCAAUUCUCAUUGUGACAGAAAACUAUCUAGAGUUUGGACUGGAAUCAGGAUUCUCGAAUUUCUCAGAAAGUGCUAUGCAGUUUCUUGAAAAGCAGGGUUUGGAAUCCCAGGGUCCUGUGUCUAAACUAACCUUCAAAUUGUUCCUGGCUGUUCUGUGUUCACUUAUUGGUGCUUUUUUGACAUUCCCUGGCUUGCGACUGGCUCAAAUGCAUCUGGAUGCUCUGAAUUUAGCAACAGAAAAAAUAACACAAACGUUGCUACAUAUAAACUUCUUGGCACCUUUAUUUAUGGUUCUGCUGUGGGUAAAACCAAUCGCUAAGGACUACAUUAUGAACCCACCUUUGGGCAAAGAGAGUGUCCCUUUAAUGUCAGAAGAUACAUUUGACACUGUGAGGUUGUGGAUUAUAAUCCUGUUGUGUGCUUUACGGUUGGCUAUGAUGCGUCAUCAUUUACAGGCCUAUCUGAAUUUAGCCCAGAAAAGUGUAGAUCAGAUGAAAAAGGAAGCUGGCAGAAUCAGUAUGGUUGAUUUACAGAAAAUGGUGGCUCGAGUAUUCUAUUAUCUUUGUGUAAUUGCACUGCAGUAUGUUGCACCAUUGGUAAUGCUCCUUCACACAACUCUGCUCUUAAAAACACUAGGUAAUUAUUCUUGGGGCAUCUACCCGGAACUGAAUUCUGACACUCCAGUAGAAAACAGCCUGCUUCCCAGUUCAGUUUAUUCUGAGUCUCCACCUGCUGAUGGAAAGAUGAAAGUAACUGUGGUGCAAAUAACAAUGGCUUUGGGAAGCCUAAAGAAUAUUUUCACUCCACUCCUGUUCCGGGGACUCCUGUCUUUCCUCACCUGGUGGAUUGCUGCUUGCCUCUUUUCUACAAGCCUUUUUGGGCUUUUCUAUCACCAGUACCUGACUGUGGCAUGAACGGGCCAACUGACAAAGCGAGCGUGAGGUCAAAUACUAGAUACAAACCCAGGUACCCAGGAGGAGAUGAAGAGAAAAGAAGAAAACUAUAUAUGAAGAGAAAACAUAUCAGAAUUUUUUUUAAACACUUCCUCUGUGUUCUCAGGGUGAAUAUUCUUAUAAUGUUUAAAAUCACAACUGGGUUUGUUAUUUUUGUUACCCAAAUGGUAGGUAACUAAAUGAAUUAUGGUAUUGUGACUGACUGACGUUAUUGUGUGGCGGGUGGUAGUGAGCGUGCUGAAAAGAUACGACCUCUGAGUAUCUUGGUUUCCAUAAACAGCAAGCCAACCUCAAAACUUUGUGUUUUAAGAAUCAACAGUCAGUGACUGAACUGUAUUGGAAAGGUACUGGGUUAUAGUGACGGUGGCUGCCUAUCGAUUAAAUCUUGAAACUGAGCCAUACAAUGAAAGGAGAGAGGGGAUUUAAAAAAAAAUUUAAAUAAUUCUGUUGGAUAGCUAUCGAUCACUUUUCUCCAGGAAAAAUGAAAUAAUCCAACAGGACAAAAGAGAUACUGUAUAUUACAGUAAGGAAAGUUGUAUAAAAUUUAAAUUUAACAUAGGAAUAGGUGUAUGACCUGACAGGUAUUGCUGCCUAAGUAUUUUGCAGGAAUGCUAGUGCAGUAAGAGGAGGGUUAUAAAAAAAUAUAUUAUUUCAGUCCCUGCAGUCAUUUUGAAGUAAUGGCCAUCUGUAUUGGUGCUAAUACUGAUCCACAGGUUUCCAUUUGGAUCUUUUAAAUUUCUUCUUUUCAGGUAAUAGAUAAAUUCAAUUGAAUUAACCAAACAACAGGAGAUGAUUAGUGACACCAAUCAAACUUUUCAAAACAAAACAGUUUAAUCCUGCUGACUGAGAGUGUAUGUAUCUGUGUAAUGUACAUAGAAAUAUAUAUUAUAUAUUAAAUAUAUAAUAUAUAUGAAGUUAUUAAAUAUGGAAUCUUUAUUUUAAAUUACUGAAUGUAUCUUACAGGGCAGUGGGAGAGGGAUGUAUGUGUAUCUAGUAAUUUCAAGAUCCCAUUUGAAAUGAAAAUUAAAUCUUUUCUGAAAGUUCAGUUGAAAGGGCUAUUUGUUUCUGGUGCCUCUCCAAAGGUACGUAGCUAUACUAAAGAACUUAAGCUCUUUUGGAAGAAAAAGAUCUACUUAAACUGUUAACCUUCAAACGUCUGCUCUGUCAGAUGAUGAUCUUUGCCACUCUAAUCUGUGUUAACUUGGCCAUAUAGUAACAACUAAUAUCUCUUGGCUUCAGAAGUAGAUUUUCUGUAUGAUAAAACAGCUACAGUAAGGAGGAGCAAAGCACGGACUUUACAAGUUUUGCUUAACUGGAGGGAUAGAUUCCACGUAGAAAACCAUUGCAAAACAAAGAGAAUGACAAUUUUUCAGAUGUUUUGUGUAAUUGCAAAACAGGAAUGGGGAUUUAUAUGCAGUAGCUUUUUUUAAGAAGUUAAUACUACACUUUGCAGAGGUCAGUGGGUUUUUUAACUAAUAUUAGCUGGUUUUAUGUUAAUGUUCUUUUUCUCAUGAAUUUGUGUACAGCUUUGGCGUAUAAUAAGCAUUUAUAAAUGGAAAAGCUUAACUAAAUAUUUAAUAUGUAGCAAACCUACCAUAUGGGAAAACAAACUAUCAAUGAAUGCAGAAAACCAAGAAUUUAAGCUGGGGAUAAACUGUCUUACUGUGUUGAAUGCCUUGUAAGUUAUUUAUUAGUUUAUUAAAUUGCAUUUACUGAUACUAGGGAGAUAUUUGUGCGCACCAGCCAGUACCUACCGCAUGCGUUUGGGAUGUCUGAGAACACCUUGCAUGAUCCUGCUGGUUUCAUUGCAGUGUAGUAUUUCAGUGCUACUGGUGCUCCAAGCCUUGUGGGUUGUUUUUGGUUUUUUUUUCAUGCCAACUUUUCAUGACUAAUGGGGACAAAGGCUUAACUGUGUGAAUUUGCCUAAAGAAAAAUAUCUGACUUCAUGGAUUCAGAUCUUGACACAUUCCUAGUAAAUGUCUUUGGGAUUAAUAGAGGAGGGCCAGCAGUACUGGACCCACUUUCUGUUAGUUCGAGAUGUAUCAUCACUAAUAGAACCAAUAGGGCCAGCUUUUAAGUUAUAGUUAUGUAUCCAGUGUAUUUCAUUCAGGAAAAUAAAAGUGUAGUCCAGAUUUGAUUCUGAGGGUGGACUUGGCUGAAGCAGCUGACUGUAGAGGAGAUGUAACCUGUUGUUGCAACCUGAAGAAAAAGAAUGAACUUUGGAUAUUGGAGAAGACUGCAAAAUAAUGUUAAGUAACAGAGUUUCUGUUGCCAUAGGUAUUUAUUCUUGAAAGCUCGUAAGUAAAAGCAAACUGCAGUUCUACAAUAUUGCAUUCAGCAGAGGUAAUUGUGUGUGUAGCUGGGCUUCGCAGCGCUGUUGGUAGGAGCUCAUGCUGUCAUAUUCUUCAGACCUCACACUGGUCACAGUGAAAAAUAGGCACCUCUGCAUGUUGCUGAAGUUAAGAUCAACACUUCUGGCCAUUGCUCUUUCAUUGUUCAGCAGAGCUGAAUGGUUGACCUUCUGGUCAGCGGUCUGAUCUGAGUGGGAGAUGGUCUUUCUUUGGAGCCAUUUAAUCCUUAUGUGAGUCUAGGAGGCUUAUUAAAAACUGAAAUACAGCAAUAAACGUCUUUGAAAUGUGAGGUGAGAGCGGAACUAGAGGGAGUGUGUUGCUGUGGUCGUGCGCAGCGCUUCCUACUGCUCAAAAGUGACUUUCAAAGCAAAAUAGCAACCCUGAUAGUCUUGAUUUCCAUAUAUGUUACAUAAGCCUCAAAGGAGUACCCGCUCACUUCUUUAAUAAGUUGCUUUAAAAUAGCAGCUGGCAACUGCUUUUGCUUUUUUCUUUUUUUUCAUGGAGACCUUUCUCAGCACCUGAAGGAGGGGAGGGCAGGGAGAAGCAUCUUGCAGAAGUGGAAAAGCAGGUCCAACAUGACUGAGAGGUUAGGAGUUUUACUUCAGGAUUUUUAAGCAUUUUGUCUUGCUUUUUGCCCACUACCUACUUAAUUUAUGAGAGAUUUUAGAAGGAAAGGUGCCUUUGACAAAAAAAAAUAAUCAGCUUUUCUUACUUUCUUCCUUCCUCAAUGCACAUAUCUCUCUCUCUGACUCUAGUAAUGUGACUUGUCAGCUUGACUUUUUCCCUGUCCAUAGCUUUUUUUUGCCCUACAUUCUUACACAAAACCGACUGGGCUAAAUUAGUUCAGGAUUAUAUUUUGAUUUUUAUUGUUUUGGUUUAAAUUAAUCUAUUUUUGAAGGAUUACUUCCUCUAAAGAGUUUAAAUAACUUUGAAUUAUAGCUGGAAUAUGAACAAACUUCUUAAGGAUUGUUUAAAAGCUGCACUUUUAUUAUGGAAGUCCUUUUAGAACAGAGUGUUGAGACAGUGAUAAAUCCAAGUCUUCCAGCAACUUCAGGGAAGUCCAGACGUAACACUUGGGUUAUGAGCUUACUUGGGUUUCUGAACUUAGAGAAGUUGAAUAGGAAAAGGAGAAUGGAUUAUAACAAGCUUGUUCUUCCACUUUGCAGACGAUGUUCUCAGGCAGCACUUGUCCUCUUCUCAAGCUGUAGGCUUUGGCAGGUUUUGAGGUAUUUUUAGCUGCACAGUUUUUCUUCUUCCAGACUUCUCUUGCAUAAGAAUCAACAUGUGAAGAAACAGGGGAAAACCAGGUAGCAUCAGUACAAGAGAACAUCCUUGUACAGAGAGGACAUGCUUUAGAAAAUUAACUUCUGUGGCAGUUGUUCUUCACUGUCUUUGAGUCACAAAUACUAAAAGAUUUGUGAAUGGAGAUGUGUGCCUAGCUUACCUGGGUUUUAAAGUCAAACUCUCUUAUGGGCAAAAAUGCCACCAAGACACAUAACACAACAAUUAGGUAGCAUAACCUCAGUGUAUAAGAUGAUUAGUGAGUAUGGAAACUCCAGCUAGCCUCAAAGGAACACUUUUGAACAGUUUUGUAGUAACUUUUCACAGGAACUACAUCUAAAUGGCAGUGGAGGCCUUGGAUUUACUGCACAGAAAAUUUAAAAUAUCUGAUCUUAAAAGCCGUUGGAAGGCUCCACAAGGCAAAAGGCCUCAUGCCUCUUUAUUCUCAAAGACCACUGGAGAAAUAAGCUAUGUUCAAAAGGAAAACGGAGAAGGUUUUGAACAAUUUUUGAAAGCUUCAUGCUUUUCUGUAUGAAAAAAAUUGUGCAUUUCUUAGCUGCUUAACCCGAGUUCAUUUUGCUACUACAAAGUUACUGCAGUGUUUUAGUUAAGACCAGAGAAUUAAGUGCAUGGGGAAAAUGGAAUUGUUGAAUGAACAUCAGGCCAAAGAAAAUUGUGUGUUCUCUUGGAGGAAUCUUUCCAUUGUGGCUGAGCAAAAUCUUAGUAAAGGCCGGCAACAGCAGGUCACUUGUAUCCUAAAUCAAAUAUUAAAUGUGAAUGUUUACCAUUGUGAGUAAAUAAGACUGUUAUUUUCAGCAUCUGCAGCCUAAGUCCUAAAAUCCCAGAAGGUAAAUUAAGAGCAAUAUUUGGACCUCACUGACAUUUACCCUAAAGAGCAUCUGGGCAGCGAGCGCUGAAGCCGAGUGUCUGAUCUAGUUAAGCAAGCUGAUGCAGAGUAGUCAGUCUGUGCUUCGGAGUGACUGGUGGGUUGUUUUGGGUUUUUUUUGUGAAACUUGUUCUUCAGGAAGGGUCUGCCCUGCUUUGUGGCUGUGGCAGUGCACGCACCGAAAGGGAUGGCACAUCUAAUCUCUGCUCCUGGUCCUGGGCUGGAAGGUUUUCCUCCUCUGUGGGGGAGAGAGAGGGGCCAAGGUGUUAUUUCAAGGCUGCUUUUACUGACACAUCUGUAUAUGCUGCACUUAACUCUUUCAAGUCUCUCACUGUGGACUGCCAGGAGAGUAAUGCUGCACUGGACAUUGUUUUGCAUGCCAGUGUAUAUGUAUUUUUAUAACUUUGAUUUCAAUGGCAUUUUUAAUGGAAAUUAUUUUUAAUCCUGAUACCAUGAUCAUAUUUUCAUUUUUUUUUAAUUGAUAUCAGUGCCUGCAACUAGAAGUCAAAUACUUCUGCACUAAAUUUUUUUUUUUAAAACUUGACGUCCAGACUGAAGUAUUAAUAAGUAUGCAGUUUUAUAUUGAAGCAUGAAAUCCAUCUGUAAAUACCAAACUUUUUCCCAAAGUGAUCACUCAUCAGUCAGGAAUCCUUAUUUGGAUUUGCAGCACUUCUCUCAACAGCAUGCUGUCCGUUUGACUCUGCUAUUUAUAAAUCAGACACCUCAGUAGAGUUUUGAGAGUAGCUUUUUACAAACUCCUCAGUAGUAGGCCAUUUCUAUUUAUUUUAUGAUGCUGCUAAGUGUUUUUUUGAAACCUGGCUUAAGGUACCUUGUGCUUAAAGUCAACCUUGCUCUCUUUUCCUCUGUUCGCUGUAAACUCUGCUUCUCAUUUAUGUUCUGAGCUUCAAGAAUGCACAUUUAUAGUAUUUUUGAUAAAAACCUAGGGCAAAGAAAAACGCACCAAAAAAUUUUAUCUCCUAAGUACGGUUCAUACCCAUGUGAUGACGUGCCAAUGAACAGCUUUCAUUUUUCCUGUCUUCGGUUCUUCCUUUGUCCCGUUGUUACAACAAUCUUGUGUGUUUUGGGUAUGUAAGGUUUUCCAGGAGGAAUCCAUGUGGGGAGAUACUCUGUAAUAGCAAUCACAGGAAACUUUGUCUGAUGUUUCAGUCUUCCUGUUUAUGUGAGCAAAUGUUAAUGUAAAGAUGCUAUUAAAUAAUUUAAGCUAAAAACUUCUCGUAAGGUAGACUUGUUACCAAUUGCACAGGGAACAUCCUCCAAGUUGUAAAUAUUUUACUUUAAAUAUGUCUCUUUGUUGCUGGGAACACACAUAAAUUCAGUGUUGGUUUUCUAUUAAUAGUGGGGUUUCUUUUUUCCUCUUUUUAAGUGAAAAGCACAUAGUGCUUCCUACUCUAGAGCAAACCUAAGAACAAAAAAAACCUCCCCUCCCUUGAUUUCAACAUUUGCCAAAUGGGAAAGACUCUGAUGUAAUUUAUGUAAAUCCUAGCUUCCUCUUACUGCUCAAUGGCUGUUAAAAUGCGGAAUUUUUCUUGUAGCUACAGCUUUACAAGUAUUGAGACUGUCGUGCUUGAUGGUGGAGAUGGUGUCAAGUGGUUGUUGGGUUGUGUUGACCUGUCCCGACCGGCGGCGCGGUACCGGCUGUUCGAAACACGUGCUUGUAGAGAUUCAUCGGGGUCUGUGGAACAGGAGAGCACGGCACACGUCGGAAGGGCUGGGGGUUUGUGGGCAUCCAUUUGGUGGUUGAUUUUAUUCUUAUUUUUAUUUUUUUUUUAAAGUCGGUGUGGAUGACGCUUAGGUACAAUUACUACAAAUAAUAAACAACCUACAGUAACGUCGCAUUCUUUUUGUAUCCCGUAGACUAAAGUGCCUAAACGCGGGUGGUCUCUGGAAGAACAUGCUUUGAAUUUGUCAUGUGUACCUUUGUAGUUAUUUUUGCUGCAUAAUAGAAGGUUGACUUUUGGAAAUAAACCCUAAAAACGGGGUUUGCUAUAAAAUCAGUGUUUCCUUAGAGCUUUGGUCCUGCAGAAUGUCCGUGUGUGUUUAUGGGUUAUUACACAAUGGAGGCAAGUAAGAUUUUGAAGAAACCUUUUCCAUCCCUGUUAAUUUAAUGGUAAUCUGAGAGCUUUUCCCACUAGACUGGUAAUGUAACACCCCCUGCCAGCUAUGCAUUCAGUUCUCUUUUUUUUAGGGAAAGGACUUUAACAAUUCCUAAAAGGUUGACUUUUAAGGAAGUUCUGUAGUGAUGUGCUGGGUGUCACUUCAUGCCUGAGUUGUGUGGGGAAAGGGGUGACUUCAGCCAGGUAAGUCCUUCUGCAUGAGCUCAGAAAAGGUUGUACUCAAGUUCACAACAUCCAUGUGGAUUUUUUGGGGGCAGAAAGAGUACAAAAGAGCUGGAUUAUAAGGUAGGUGGCUGGCUGGCACCCAGCAGCACGGCUCCAAAAGAAAAGGCACAGGUUAUACUUUGUAGGAGCAGCUCUGUAGGAUGCUGUUGAGGGUACUGAAUAGUGAAACCACCCCUUAACUUUAAAUUGCUUCUCCACCUCCAAGAAUGUUGGGAGCUGAAGGUAAAACCUUCCUGGUCUGAUUCAGCAGGGAAAUUAAA